AUGCAUGUUCCAAUUGCGUGGAUGAGCCUUACAGGCCUCAUUUUCGUCUCCCAUACUUCCGCGACACUGCUCAGUCAGAGGUCAGCAUCUUCUUGGGAGGAGGCUUCUGAUCAAGCCCGUCAAUUUGUAGCACAGCUUAAUACGACUGAGAAGAUUGGCAUCGCUACAGGCGGUUAUCGGUUGGACGGGCCUGCUUGCGUUGGCACAAUCGGAAAAGUCGAGAGGCUAGGAUUUCAGGGAAUAUGUUUCUCUGAUGGCCCUUCUGGAUAUGCCAGGUCUGACGGUUCAAGCGUCUUCUCUUCCGGCCUUACUGCAGCUGCUAGUUGGGAUAGGCGCCUUAUCUAUGAACGUGCCUUUGCCAUUGGAGAAGAGUUUAGGGCCAAAGGUUCUCAUGUCAUUCUCGGACCAUCCUGUGGUCCUAUGGGCCGCAGCGCCCUUGGCGGACGAAACUGGGAGGGUUUCGGCCCCGACCCUUACCUCUCUGGCGUCGCCAUGAACGCUUCCGUCUCGGGUAUCCAAUCUGCUGGUGUGCAAGCGUGCUCCAAGCACUUUAUUGGCAACGAGCAGGAGACACAGCGCACCAGGACUACUGAGGAGGACGGAACCUUCGUCAAUGCUCUGAGCUCCAACAUUGAUGAACGUACACUUCAUGAACUGUACCUUUGGCCUUUUGCCGACGCCGUCAAAGCCGGCACUGCCAGUGUCAUGUGUUCCUACAACCGAGUCAACCAGACUUAUUCCUGCGCGAACCCGCACUUGCUCUCGCUGCUAAAGGACGAGCUCGCGUUUCCGGGCUACGUUGUUUCCGACUGGUAUGCGACACAUGGCACAACCGCCUUCGCCAACGCAGGGCUCGACCUCGAGAUGCCAGGACCUGUCAGCAAAGACUACGGCGCCUCUUAUUUCGGCGAUCAGCUUCUCGACGCAAUCGGCGAUGAUAAUGUGACAGAGAGUCGGCUCAAUGAUAUGGCCGAGAGAGUUCUGAGGCCAUACUUCUUUCUGGGACAGAACAAGGAUUUCCCUGAUCUAGAUCCCGCUUCCUCUGCUGCCCUUGGCGUCAACCAAUUUGGUUACAACAAUCCCCAGUUGCCAGUUACACCCAUCCCUGCACGCGAUGUUCGAGGCGAUCACGCCAAGGUUAUUCGAAAACUAGGUGCCGCUGCCACUGUCCUCCUCAAGAAUGCCAAUGGCACCUUGCCUCUGAAGAAGCAAGCUGAUAUCGGUGUAUUCGGAAAUGGAGCGCCAUACCCAACAAUCGGAUCCAUCUAUUUCGACUAUGCAAACACGUCCAUCUCGUAUGAGAUGGGCACUCUCGACCAGGGUGGCGGCUCUGGCAUAGUCCGUCAUACCGAACUCAUCGCCCCACUGGACGCAAUUCGAGAACGUGUGCGUAAGGAAGGUGGUCGGGUACAAAUCCUUCUAGAACACAAAGAAAUCAUUGAGGGCAAGUUCAGGUCCAUUUACCCAAUCCCUGAUGUCUGUCUGGUCUUUCUGAAGGCAUUUGCGGCAGAAGGCAGGGAUAGAGACUCGCUAGACCUUGAUUGGAAUGCUACCAAGGUCGUCGAGAGCGUAUCCUCGUUCUGUUCUAAUACUGUUGUUAUUAUCAACGGUCCAAGUGUAGUCUUGAUGCCCUGGGCAGACAACGAGAACGUGACUGCUAUUCUUUCAGCCCAUUACCCUGGCGAAGAAAUCGGUAACUCCAUCGUGGAUGUUCUCUGGGGUGAUACGGAGCCCGCCGGCCGCUUGCCCUAUACUAUUCCCAAGAAGCUAAGGGAUUACGGUGCACCUAUUUAUAACCUAACUGAGCCAGCUGCCAAUCCUGAUGCAUGGUCAGUUGAUUACACAGAAGGUCAACUCAUCGAUUACAGGCACUUUGACGCCAUGAACAUUGAGCCUCAGUAUGAGUUCGGGUUCGGCUUGUCAUACACCAUCUUUGAGAUGUCAACAGAACUCGCCGUUGAUAUAGCCACAGGCAUUCAAGCUCAACCGGAUGAGUCCAAGGGCAAGGCUCCUGGAGGAUGGGUUGAUCUUUGGGAGCAAGCAGCUACAGUAUCUGUCAAGGUGCACAACACUGGUGAUAGGGACGGACACGCAGUGCCUCAGUUAUAUGUAUCGUUCCCACAAGACACAACACCACCUGGUACCCCAGUGCGAGUUCUAAGGGGUUUCGAAAAGGUGUAUCUCAAGGCUGGAGAGACUAAGAAGGUUACUUUUCCUCUCCAGAGAAGGGAUCUCAGCUUCUGGGAUGAAGCUACUCGUCAGUGGGUUAUUCCUAAGGGAACCUUUACUUUUGCUGGUGGAUUCAGCUCUCGUGACCUCCGAGCUAAGACUGAGACAUCUGCGUUGGGGUAA